AUGGCGCUCUCGAUCAAUCCAAGCUACCAGUGGGAAGGCAACGAUGGUCCAUGGUCCACAUUUGAUCUCCGUGUGGGAACGCCACCGCAGCUCGUUCGAGUUCUCCCAUCGACUUCGGGCUCUGAAGUGUGGGUUGUUCAUCCUCAGGGUUGCAACAACAAAAGUGUCGCCAAUUGCAAUGAACGACGUGGCGGGCUCUUCCAAUGGAACUCUUCGAGCACGUUCGUUGAUCUCAGCACGUCCAAAGCUGAGCCUUACUUCCAGCUCAACUUCGAAUCGGAGAAGUCUCUUGGGUACAAGGGGCCUGCGCUUGUGGGAACUGAUGUCGUUGCGCUUGGUGGAGAAGGAGAUGUUAUACCGCCUUUGGAGUCUCAGGUCGUUGCUGCGUUCGCCAAUCAAUUUCCUUUCAUAGGCCAGCUCGGGUUAAAAGCGCGGAACGCGACGAUCGUAAACGCAACUGAUCAGCAUGAGAGUAUCCUCGGAGCUCUGAAAGAGAAUGGCAAGGUGAGGGCCCCCUACUGGGCCUACACUGCUGGCGCUCAGUACCGACCACCAGAGGGGAAGCAGUAUGGCAGUCUGACAUUUGGCGGCUGGGAUAAGAAGCGCGGAGACUUGGAGCAUGGCUUGACUGUUCCUUUCGGGUCUGAACAGGAUCUCUUGGUUUCAAUCACAGGCAUCACCCUUGACACAGUCUCAGGGCCAGUGUCCACUGGCGGACUACCGAUAUCUACGUAUAUCGACAGCAUGGUCCCGGRGAUUUGGCUUCCCGUGGCAGCCUGCAGCUCCUUCGAAUCAGCAUUUGGUCUGGUGUGGAAUGAUACAGCAAAACGAUACUACGCGAACGAUACUGACACGCUCAAGAUGCGGAAUCCCAACAUUACCUUCUCACUAGCAGGAAGUGAUGAGACUCACGCCCGAAGCGUGGACGUCGUACUUCCAUAUUUGGCCUUUGAUCUGACAACAGACUCUGGAGGCUAUUUCCCACUGAAGCGUGCGGCGAAUGAGAGCCAGUAUUUCCUUGGACGGACGUUCUUGCAAGAAGCAUACCUCGCGGUGGACUACAAUCGCAAAGAGUUCACCAUAGCCCAGGCCAGCUUCCCCGCUGGCAACGAUGAAAGAGAGAUCGUAGUGUACCACCACAGGAGUAGCUCAAGUCUGAGCAAAGGUGCCAUCGCGGGCAUCUGUAUCGGAGCCAUAACUGCACUUUUGGUAAUCAUCGGUCGCCUUGCGUGGCUUUGGCGGCAGAAGAAACUGGCAAGAGAACGCAGGUGGGGCACAGUCGGACUGCCUGAUCCAAGGGAGACAUCGCUCAACGACAGAAGCGGCGACCUUCGCGGUUGGAUCAAGCCGCUGGAAGGGUAUGACAUCAAAGAAGAUGUUGUCAAACCCGAGCUCGACGCCAAUUCGACAGCUCGGUGUGUUGGUACUGCGCAUCGCCACGAGUUGGCGACUGGCGAAGCGGAAUCACGGGCUUUCAGUCGUGGCAGUCUCAUAUCUGAAGACACUGAUGUUUCGAUUGCAGAACUUGAUGGAGCAGAUACUCUGGUCGGGGAUUCCACAGCAGUAUCUCCACUCCAAAUCUCCGACAUCUCGGGCUCGCCGCCGCCGAUGGGGUACCCUUCGCCACAAGAAGAGACUUCGCCGUCAACCAGAGGGAGACGACCUUCACUCGGUAGAUUUAAGACGUUCUUUCACGAGCUCCAGUCUGCCUCUGGCCAUGGCGAUGGAUCAUCGAAGCCAGAGCUCGAGACGAAGCUGGAGACCAACGGGAGCCAGUCAGCAGCGGACGACARAAAGAGCGAGUAG